UCGCGUCCCGGUCUCGCUCCUGCUGCUGCCCUCACACACAUUCGUAUACACGUUAAAGUCUCUCUCUCUCUCUUUCUCUCACACACACACACACGGUUGGAGAAACUUUUAAAACACUUCUCAGUCUCUCCUGUACGCUAAAGUGUGACACAGCCGCAGCCGAAACAGCUGAGGCACCCGCUGCCGUCCUCCCCCUCUUCUUCUGAUCCGUUUUUUAUAACUCUUAACUUUUUUUUUUUUUUUCUCCGUGUAUCUGUGUAUGUUAUAUGAAACUAAAGUUCGGUUAGGUUUAAUAACUUGAUUUUCUUUAUUUUAAGGGCACGGGAUAAAUGUAUACGCUCAGGGACGUGGUGAUAAAGCACUUUUUACUCGCGACCGAGUAGUUUUUCUUCUUUUUUUUGUUUUUUGGUCACUUUUUUUGUUUUUCGGAGGGUGAAGUCCGACAUCUGCACAUUCGUGACGGGAUUCCCUCCAGAGGCUGCCUCAGCGGACGCUCAAUGGAUAUGGCUUGGCUGCGGUGGAACAUUUUCCUUUCCAUUGGCCUUUUUGUUUCUCCGGCGUUCGCGUCCACAGAGCUCAGUGGCUUCAGGACACUGUACGUGCUGCAGCCUGGCGCGAGCGCCGGAGACGCGCUGCGCAUGAGCGCCAUCUCGUCCCGCGCCGGGUCGCGGGAAAAGCCUCGCGCCAUCACCGCGGAGCUCGGCGACGCGGGUGGCCAGGUGCGGACGCGCAGGAUGGGGAGUCACCCGAACCCGAGCGCACCGCUCCGCCACGAAAGCACGUCCACGCACCAGCAGCAGCAGCAGGUUCGGCGCGCGGGCCAUACUAGCAGCAGCGGCGCGCAUCACAGCCAGAUGACAAUCUCUGGGAUUAACGUCUGUGGAGGGCAGUGCUGUCAAGGAUGGAGCAGGGCUCCCGGAUCCCAGAGGUGCACCAAACCAAACUGCCAGCCACAGUGCCAGAAUGGAGGGAUGUGUCUGCGGCCCCAGCUCUGUAUCUGCAAGCCAGGCUCCAAGGGCAAAGCCUGUGAGCAGAAGACUCUACCCCCAUCCAAUCCACCUACAGCAGGCCACACCCCUGGCCGUACACCAAGUCACACCAAUGGACACACCACUGGACACACCAAUGGACAUACCAACGGAGCCAUCCCUGGGCAGGGCGUUGUGCCACAGCGACCCAUCCCCCAGCAGGCAUCCCCACUGAUCCACACCCAGGGCCACGUCUCUGGCCCCCACACCAGCAUGGCUCAAAUGACCCUGACUGUGAAACAGUCACCCCAACUCCUCCGACCCCAGUCUGCAACACAACUAGUCCAACCACCUCUCUCCAGGACCUUCCAUCAGACCCAGCACUUUGUCAUCAAGCCCAAGUACUACCACCCACCCGUCCAAUCAGGGGACCGUGCUAUCCCCUUGACUGGGGGCCACAGCAAUGUCAAUGGAGGCAACCACACGGGACGCAUCCGCGUGGUUUUCACCCCCAGCAUCUGCAAAAUGACCUGCAGUGGGGGUAAAUGCCAGAACAGCUGUGAGAUGGGCAACACCACUACGAUCAUCAGCGAGAACGGUCACGCCACCGAUACCCUCACCGCCUCCAACUUCCGAGUGGUGGUCUGCCACCUGCCCUGCAUGAAUGGGGGGAGGUGCAGCAACAGAGACCGAUGCCAGUGCCCACCUAACUUCACGGGCAAGUUCUGCCAGGUACCUGUGCAGGGCAGUGCACAACAGCAGCUCUCUAUCAGCCACAGCCAGGGUACACAGGUCCACUCUACACACACACUGCCACUCACCUUCGGAGGAGGUCAAAACCAAGUGAAGUUUUCCCCCAACAUCGUGAACAUUCACGUGAAGCAUCCUCCGGAGGCAACUGUGCAGGUGCACCAGGUCUCACAGCUGGACGGUGGCGAUCAGCAAGUGAAGGGUUCUCAGUCAGGCCACUACUCCUACCACCAGAGAGAGACCAGCCAGAAGAGCCAGCAGAGCCAGCACACGUACUCCAACCAGCGGACCAUCAUCCAUCACUACCCUGUGACCUCUAACAGUAUGCUUGGACGUUGCUUCCAGGAAACCACUGGAAUGCAGUGCGGAAAGGCCCUUCCAGGCCUCUCCAAGCAAGAAGAUUGCUGCAAUUCUGUUGGCACCUCUUGGGGAUUCCACAAGUGCCAAAAAUGUCCGAAGAAAACUUCCAUUCCUUUGACAGACUUGAGACAUGCAAUGGACUGUCCCCAGGGGUACAAGAGAAUCAACAACUCCUACUGCCAAGAUGUGAAUGAGUGUUUACUGCAGGGUGUAUGCCCCAACGGACACUGUCUGAACACCCCUGGCAGCUACAUGUGCAUGUGCAAGCCGGGCUACUUUCUCGAUCCUACCCGGACCACGUGUAUACCUGACACUCCUGCGGUCCUUGAAGAGAAGGGGGCUUGUUUCCGCUUUGUGGGCUCAGGGAAGCAAUGCUUACACCCGGUCUCGGUGCAGCUGAGCAGGCAGCUCUGCUGCUGCAGCGUGGGCAAGGCCUGGGGGCCGCACUGCGACAAAUGCCCUAGCCCAGGAACAGCUGCCUUCAAAGACAUCUGCCCUGGGGGAAUGGGCUACACUGUCUCUGGAACCUACAGGCCCAAGCCCAUCAACCGGAACCAGCCAGAAGAAAUCCACAGACCUAAAGUUGUGCAUCAGGAGCCCCAGCUACCUCCAGUCCCCUUGCCCACUGUCCAACGGCCCAUUGAGGCCCUGAGUGUCACUGAGAGGCAAAUCCCAGCUGUCCCAGUAGUCACUGCAGCCCCGGAGCAGGAGCUCAUUAUUCUUGGUGCUAAUAAUAGGUCAGGGGUUGAGCCUGGCCAGCCACAGCUUUCCCCUGGCGUCUCGACCAUACGGAUGGAGCCCAUCUAUCCAGAGGUGGUGGAGAAAACAUCGCCCCCUGCCCCAGUGGCCAUCUUGCCCUCCAGCGCGAGCCAGGGCAUUGCCCCAACCCAGUUGGCAGAGGUAAAUGAGUGCCAUGUGAGCCCUGAUAUCUGUGGACCAGGCAUCUGCUACAACACAGCAGAGGGUUACACCUGCAUAUGCCACAGUGGCUACCAGCUGGAUGAAGAGAGGAUCACAUGUAGAGAUGUGAACGAGUGUCAGGACCCUGACGUCUGUGGCCAGGAUGGUGUCUGCAUCAACACAGCAGGUUCUUUCACCUGCCGCCACUGUCAGAGUGGCUACAGGAUGAGUGAGACAGGCAACUGCGAAGAUAUUAACGAAUGCCUGGACCCUGGCGCCUGUCCUGCUGGGCUGUGCACCAACACGUGGGGGUCUUACGUGUGUGACCCCUGUCCUGAAGGCUUUGAGGUUCACAAUGGCAAGUGCUUUGAUGUCGAUGAGUGCCAGGACAGCUCAAUAUGUGCCAAUGGUGACUGCUCCAACCUGGAGGGCAAUUUUCUCUGCACCUGCCAUGAUGGAUAUCAACUCAGCCCUGAUGGCAGAAUGUGCACAGACAUUGACGAGUGCCAGGAUGAGCGGGUGUGUGCUAGCGGGCACUGCCAGAACACGGAUGGGUCGUUCGUAUGUAACUGCGAAGCCGGGUUUAAGCUUUCAUCUGCUCGUGACCAGUGUGAUGAUGUGGACGAGUGCAAGGAGACACCGGAGGUCUGUGGCAGUGGGGGAGUAUGCAUCAACAUCCUGGGCUCCUACCGAUGCGUCUGUUCCCCUGGGUUCCACACAGGCAACAACUCCCACUGCGAGGAUGUGGAUGAGUGCCUGGAGGACCCUGAGCUGUGUGGCCCCCAUGGCAUCUGCCAGAACACACAAGGCUCCUUCUCCUGUGUCUGUGCCCAAGGCUUCAUAGCCCAUGAAGAUUACCAUACCUGUGAAGAUGUGGAUGAGUGCUCAGAGGGCAAUCGGUGCAGAAGCGGCUCCUGCAUAAACACCGAUGGCUCCUUCCACUGCCGGUGUGAUCGGGGCUACCGCCUACAAGCAGACAAUGAGACUUGCCUGGAUGUGGACGAAUGUGAGAUGUUUGGGCAGAGUAUCUGUGGAGCGUGGCGCUGUGAGAACACAAUAGGCUCCUACAGAUGCAUUGUGGAAUGCCCACCUGGACACAUUCUGGGGCCGGAUGGCAUCUGUGUGGAUGUGAACGAGUGCGCACUCAACGAAACGGUGUGCGGCCCUCAUGGCUUCUGUGAGAACACGGUGGGUUCUUUCCGCUGCCUGUGUCAUCAGGGCUUCCAGGAAACCCCAGAUGGCCAGGGCUGUGUGGAUGUGAACGAGUGCGCACUCAACGAAACGGUGUGCGGCCCUCAUGGAUUCUGUGAGAACACGGUGGGUUCUUUCCGCUGCCUGUGUGAUCGGGGCUUCCAGGAGACCCCAGAUGGCCAGGGCUGUGUGGAUGUAAAUGAGUGUGAGCUGCUAAGUGGGGUGUGCGGGGAGGCACUUUGUGACAAUGUGGAGGGAUCGUUUCUCUGCUUGUGUCCUGAGAAAAACCAGGAGUUCAACCAUAUGACAGCGAAGUGCAGCCCAGCUCCUACAGCCUCCUCAGUGGAACGGAAGGAGUGUUACUACAACCUGAACGACGAGAACCUGUGCGACAACGUGCUCACCAGCAGCGUGACCAUCGAGGAGUGCUGCUGCACGCUGGGGGCCGGCUGGGGGGACAAUUGCGAGGUUCACCCCUGCCCCGUUGAGGGUACAGAUCAGUUUCACCAGAUGUGCCCUGCUGGGAAAGGUAGUAUACCAAAUGGAGACUCAGUCUUUGAGGUGGCAUCUGCUAAUGGAUACAAAGAUGCCGAUGAAUGUGUCCUGUUCGGCGAUGAGAUAUGCAAGGAUGGCUUCUGCCUGAACACGCCUAUGUCAUACGAGUGCUACUGCAAACAAGGCCUGUACUAUGAUGAUAUCAAGCUGCAGUGUCUCGAUAUCGAUGAGUGCAUGGACAAAACCACCUGUCUGGGGGGUCAGUGCAUUAACACGCUGGGGUCUUACAUGUGCUUCUGCUCCCCUCCAAUGGUGCUGGACCCCAGUGGCAUGCACUGUGUGACCCAACCUCCUCUUGCAGAGCAAGACGGCUUCUACCAGGACAUAUGUUGGCAGACUGUCACAGACACCAUGACCUGCGCCCACCCCCUUGCAGACCGGAAGACCACCUACAUGGAGUGCUGCUGCACGUAUGGGGAGGCUUGGGGCAUGAACUGUGCCCUAUGCCCGUGGAAAGACAGAGAGGACUUCAUUGCCAUGUGCAAUGUUCCCGAGUGGGGGCGACGACCGUAUGGCAGAGAUGCCCUCACAGCCCCUGGAGUCCACUACCAUGAAGCUGAUCCGGAGAUCCAGCAGAGCUCCUUCAAACCCCCAGUCCUGCCUCUUUACAAGGAAGAAGAAAACCCCUAUGAUGCCUUUGAAGGCCUACGAGCGGAGGAGUGUGGGGUCCUGAAUGGCUGUGAGAAUGGUCGCUGUGUGCGGGUGCAGGAGGGCUACACCUGUGACUGCUUCGAUGGGUACACUCUGGACAUGUCUCGCAUGGCCUGCAUCGAUGUGAACGAGUGCUCCGAGCUCAACAACCGAAUGGUGCUCUGCAAGAACGGGAAGUGCAUCAACACACAAGGGUCAUACAAGUGCGUAUGCCUGCCGGGCUUUGUGCGCUCUGAGCGCCCCAACUACUGCGUGCCUGGCAGAAAGGAGGCAGGUGCCAGUGACACGGAGUGAGCCUGAAUGUUCACCAGGGGGAAACUCGAACAUUAAAACCUUAUUUAACCCAAGCCCAUAUACUCUGCACUGUAUAAAACAAACUAAAUGAAACAAAAAAGAAAUUAUUGUUACUUGAGAUGAAGAUAAAGUUUAACCUACUAUGUGGUGUCUGUAUGGAGAAGUGAAACACAAAAUUGUAUAAAUAUGUUAGUUUUUUAAUUAAAAGUUUUAAGCGUGCGAGGGGAAAACUUCUACUCCUGACACAUCGACAAACCCUAUGGACUCCUGCUGGGGGAUAUCAGUUUUUUUUUUUUUUUUUUUUUUUGUUUCCACCCAGUCAAAACGCCUUUCGUGUGGAUAUUUUAUUAAGUGAAGAGGCCAGCCGACCAGCCCCCUUUCUAUCUUCCUUUUCCGUUCACUUCCUCCCCCUAUUGUUGCCAUAUAGGGUGGCUGACUUGUGAAUGGGACUACUCAAGUGUUAACUUUGCGGCUUCACUAAAACACACACAGUAUGUACAGUACUGUAAAAGAAUGUUGUUGAUGUAAAUUCUUUGGAAUAAGCUUCUUUUUCAAGGCAUUUUUUGUAUUCAUGAAAAUAAAAACACAAAACUACUUUACUGUGUCUGGGACAUUGGACAAUGGCAGGUUCUCUGUUUGUUCUGUUUUUUUUUUUUCUUCUGCCCUGUGGAGCAGCUGAUUUUGAUAUCAUUUAACCCUUUAAUUUUUUUUCAAUUUUUAAUUCAUUUUCUGCAUUUAACUGCUAUGUCAGAAGGUCUUGCCAGGUUGCAAAGCUGCUAAAAGUACACACGUAAGUUUUGUACAUUUCAACUUAAGAGAACAAAAAAACCAAUUUAUGUGUUGUAAUUUGUACAUGGAAAACAGCUCUGUAUGAAUAUCAUUUAAUAACACUAUGUAUAUUAAA